ACCCCGGCGUCCUGCCCCCGCCCUCCUGUUGCCGACCUAUUUCUCUCGCUCUCCCGUGCGCUGCGCUCCGCCCCGCGCGGCUGCGGGCUGCGCUCAGAGUCCCCGGCGGCUCCGGGCAGGCAGGAGACGGAGCCGGGCUCCGGACAUGGCCCCCAGCGCCCGCGGGCGGCGGUGACUGGACCCGGACCCAGCCCCAGGAUGCCGUGGGGGUGUCUCCGGCUGCGGGAGGAGAAGAACUACAACUCCGUGGGCGACAUCACGGACAAGUACGAGAUCGGGGAGCUGCUGAGUGCGAAGGAGUUCUGUGAGCUGUGCCUGGCCCGCGAGCGCCGGACCGACCGGCUCGUCGUCUGCAAGCGGUUCCGGAAGAAGGACGGCAGGAAGGUUCGACAGGCGGCCCGGAACGAGAUCCUCAUCCUGAAGAUGGUGAGUCACCCCAACAUCCUUCAGCUCAUUGACACCUUUGAGACACGCAGGGAAUUUUACAUCAUCCAGGAGCUGGCGACGGGCGGGGACGUGUUCGACUGGAUUCUGGACCUGGGCUGCUACACGGAGCGAGACGCCAGCAGCCUGAUCCGGCAGGUGCUCGAGGCCCUGGCCUAUCUGCACAGCCUGCACAUCGUGCACCGCAACCUCAAGCUGGAGAACCUGGUCUAUCACACCCAGCAAAGCCGCGCCAAAAUCGUGCUCCGGGAUUUCUACCUGUCGCGCUUCGAGAACGGUGCCAUCACUGAGCCCUGCGGGACGCCCGAGUACCUGGGUACGUCCCCCCUGAGUACCUGGGUACGGCCCCCCAUCCCCCCAACCCCCCACCGCCCCGGCUCCCCCUACUGGGAUGAGAUCUCCCCCGCCGCCAAGAAACUGGUGUCGCAGCUCCUGGAGGUGGAUCAGGACCAGAGGAUCACGGCGCAGGAGGCCCUGGGACAUGUCUGGAUUGCGGGCAACGUGGCUUCGGAAAAGAACCUCAAGGAGGGGGUCUGUGCCCAGAUCGAGAAGAACUUUGCCAAAGCCAAAUGGCGGAAGGCCAUUCGAGUCACAACCUUCAUGCAGCGGCUCCGCGCCCUGGAGCCUGGCGUCCACCCCCCCAUGUCGCUCCCCGAGGUGACGGUGGAGGAGCCCCGCCCCACAGAACCCCCCACCAUGGAGCGACCGAGUGAGCCAGCGGGGCCCACGGAAGAAAAGACGCAAUAACCCCUUUGUACAGCUCCGUGCACCCGGAUCGGACCCAGCGCCCCCUAGAGGGGAAAGGCCCCGGGGCCCAUUCCCAACCUGGCUCUGUCCCCACCCCUGCCCCCAGCUCAGGACCGGCCCAUGGGACUGGGAUGUGCAUGUCCAUCCAUCCAGGCCAGGUGCAUGUUUUCUGAAGAUGCUAUUUUAAUACAGAAAUCCCAGGCUGCCCCCCGCCCCCCUUGGACUUGAUCUUGUCCCCCCUGCACCUACAGGGAGCCUGGAAAUAACAAAAUAAACAGAGAUUCUGUCUCUGGCAGGUCA